UUCUGUAACCUAAAUGGCGGCGUAUAGCGACAUCUCCUGGCAUUUGAAUAAUAUAGUCAUCUUUACAUAUGCCAUAUUUUAACAGUUUCACGUUGAUUCACGUGGGGAAAAAACAGGAAAAUACUUCGAGUCACGUUUGUGACGCUGUUAACAAUUCAGGAAAGUCAGGGGUUUUAAACACUUAGAUAUCCGCUUUUGAUGAGGAACUAAAAGUUUACUUCAUUAAAUAAGUGAUGUUGUUUAAGCGUUAAUAAAUUCUUUAUUAAAUACACAGUUACGUUACGACAAGUACAUCGUUAACUGUCCCUAUAAGGCUUAUUGUGUCAUCUUUAUUAACAAUGCACUAUUUGGCUUUGAUGUCACCGUCGCUUUCUCUGAUUGGCUCAUAGCAUCUCCGGUGUUUUGUCAUGAAGCGUCAGCAAUUUUCAUAGUUUGUGUUGAAGAUAAACCAACAAUGGAGUCGACAAACAAGUCUGAGGAGAUCACAGAGAUGGUGUGUUUACAAUCUGAUCUGCAAGAUGGACAAAUGAAGCAGGUUGUUGUGGACAAUCAUAAAAUCUUGUUGGUGCGUAAUAAGGGAGAAUUUACCGCUGUGGGUGGUCUUUGCACCCAUUAUGGUGUACCACUUAUCAAAGGUGCGCUGCUUGGAGAACGAGUUCGGUGCCCAUUACAUGGGGCGUGUUUCAAUACUAAAACUGGAGAUAUUGAGGAAUUUCCUGGGCUGGACUGUCUGCCUACGUACAAGGUCAAAGUUGAGGAUGGGAAAGUUUACAUCACUGCUGGUAAAGAGAUGCAGAACAAGCGAGUUAAGGAAAUGAGUGUUAGAGUCCCUGGGGUCAGUCAUACUUUUGUGAUAAUUGGAGGAGGUCCAGCUUCUUUGCAGUGUGCAGAAACCCUUCGACAGAAUCCUUACGAAGGGAGAAUUAUAAUAAUAAGCAAAGAUGAGCAGUUACCGCUGGAUAAGACCAAGCUCAGCAAGGCAAUGAAUAUUGAAAUUGAAAAGAUACUGCUUCGGCAGCAGGACUUCUUUCAAAAGUAUGGGAUCGAAGUAUGGACUAAGAAGGAGGUAAUGUCUGUUGACACAGAGGCAAAAACGGUUACUCUCAAUGAUGGCACUAAUCAACACUAUGACCAGCUCUUGAUUUCUACAGGUGCCAGACCCAGACCCCUGCAAUGCCCUGGCGCUGAGCUAAAAAAUGUGAAAUUGCUGCAGAGCUAUAAGGAUGCCAUUGAAAUUCAUCAGAUCAGUGCGGGCAAAAGAGCAGUAAUUGUUGGAACUUCAUUUAUAGGAAUGGAGGUUGCAGCUUAUUUGUCAGACAAGGCAUCCAGUGUCACUGUUAUUGGAAACAGCAAGUUUCCUUUCAAGUCAUCCCUGGGUCCAGAUAUUGGAAAAGUGACAAUGCAGAUGUUGGAGGAAAAAAAUGUGAAGUUUUACAUGAGCAAUGGUGUGACUGAAAUUCGUGGUGAAAAUGGAAAGGUCAAGGAAGUUGUUUUGAAAAAUGGUGAAGUCCUUCCAGCAGACAUCGUAAUUGUAGGCAUUGGCGUCAUACCCAACACAGAUUUCCUUAAGGGAACAUCGGUGGAAAUUGAUUCACAGAGGGCUGUUGUCGUUGAUAAGUUCAUGAGAACUAACAUUCCUGAUAUCUUUGGUGCUGGAGAUGUGGUGUCCUUUCCACUUCCUCUGGUCGGGGAUAGGAGGGUCAAUAUUGGACACUGGCAGCUGGCACAAGCUCAUGGACGAAUUGCUGGCCUAAGUAUGCUGAAUCAACAGGUCCCAAUAAACACUGUACCAUACUUCUGGACCAUGUUGUUAGGGAAAGGAAUCCGAUAUGCAGGCUAUGGAGAGGGAUACACUGAAAUUGUUUUCAAAGGAAGUACUGAAGAGAGAAAGUUUUUGGCGUUUUAUAUAAAAGAUGAUCAAGUUGUUGCAGCUGCCAGCAUGAACUUUGACCCUGCCGUCUCGAGGGUGGCAGAAAUGUUAUUGAUGGGGAAGAAAAUCACUAAGACUCAAGCACAAUCCGAUGACCUUAGCUGGUUGCAGCUCCCAUAGAAGACCUAAGCAGCCAUUUCUGUGUUGUUUGGAGUUUGUCUGCCUAUUGUUUUAUUUAAAUGUGUAACCUGUAUCUUAUCUUCAGUACAAAAUAUAACUUUUAAGUACUGUUUCCCACUAUCAAAUGUUGUUUUGUGCUAUGAAAACUUCUAUGUUGGCCAGAAAGAGUCUUGAGUUCAGGUGCAGCUGUUCUUAAAAACAGCUGAAGAGCCACUGCAGCACAUGUUGUGUCAUCAGUGUGACAUUUGUCUGUGGAGAUGAUUUAAAACACAGGACAUUUUUGUUACCUGUUCUCUGCUUAUUAUAUGUAGGAUAAGUAGAGAUGAUAGAAAAAACAGAAAAAUCACUAUGCAGGUCUACCUGGCACUAUUACUUGUCCAGCAUGUAUUUUAAUUUAAUUAAUUAUGAUUCAUUUUACUACUAAAAUGUACUAAUAUUUAAUGGUUUGAUAUGUAGAUUAAGUACAUUUCUAAAUGCUAAAUAUUGUAAAAUUGUUUUUAUUGGUGAAAAAGUGCAAACAACAAAAUGAACAGAUAACCCAAAACUUUAAACAGAAGCUGUCAGGACAGAUCUGUAAAUAUUUACAAAACCAAUGUUAUAAAUCAGUAUA